AUCCCGGGUUGCCAUGGUUUCCCGCAUCACAUGCGCGGCUUUCCUGUUUCCAGCAACGCAAAAAAAAAAAAAAAAAAAAAAAAGAAGGAUGCCAGCUCUUGAAUUCCCUGCCAUUUCUACACCCGCAAAUUAGAGGACGCGCUCGGACACGAGAGGAAACAGACGCAGAUGGUGGAAUGGUGAGAAACCCGUCGCGUUCCCUCUGACGCGUUUGCGCAUCAUUCUUCUCAGCUGACGCGGCGAAACGGGAACGACUGUUUUACGCGCAAGAUCGGGCCGAAUUUUGCGCACAUUUCACCGUCAGGAAAUGAGUAUAGAAAUCCCCGAGGGCUUGACGGAGCUUCUGCAGAGCUUUACCGUGGAGGUCCUCAGGAACCAGCCGGGGGACCUGCUGGAGUUCGCCCUGCAGUACUUCACGCGCCUCAAGGAGAACGAGACCCGCGGCGGCGCGUUCGGCAAUGAGCUCAACUCAGCCGCGCGAGCGGGGAAAGCCGUCAACUUCAUCGAGGAGGCCAUGCAGAUCGACUCCGAAAACGGAGAGGAAGAGGAUGAUGACGAUGAAGAAUUCGUAGCUCCAGUUAUCAACAGAUUUGUCCGGAGAGCUUCUGUUUGUGCGGAGGCGUACAACCCUGAUGAGGAUGAAGAGGAGAGAGAACCCAGGGUCACUUACCCCAAAACAGACGAGCAGAGACAGAGACUACAGGAAGCCUGCAAAGACAUCCUACUGUUCAAAAACCUGGACCAGGAGCAGAUGUCUCAGGUCUUGGAUGCCAUGUUUGAGAAGGUAGUGGUGACCGGAGAGCACAUCAUCGAUCAAGACGACGACGGAGACAACUUCUACGUCAUUGAGAGGGGAACGUUUGACAUCAUGUUGAAAGCGGACGGCACCACGCGGACCGUCGGCUCUUAUGACAACCGUGGGAGUUUUGGAGAGCUGGCCCUCAUGUACAACACGCCGAGGGCCGCCACCAUCAUCGCUACCUCAUCUGGAGCCCUGUGGUGCCUCGAUCGGUUGACAUUCAGAAGGAUCAUCGUAAGGAACAACGCGAAGAAAAGAAAAAUGUACGAGGCUUUCAUCGGGACUCUUCCACUGCUCACGUCACUGGAGGUUUCAGAGAGAAUGAAGGUUGUUGAUGUGUUGUCGACCAAAGUGUACAACAGUGGGGAACAGAUCAUUGCUCAGGGUGAUCUGGCAGAGUCUUUCUACAUCGUAGAGUCAGGACACGUUAGGAUCACUAUGAAGAGGAGCAAGUCAAAAAACGAUACUGAAGACGAGGAGGUGGAGAUCGCCACGUGCUCAAGAGGCCAGUAUUUUGGAGAGCUGGCACUCGUCACUAACAAGCCACGGGCGGCUUCUGCAUACGCCAUGGACAACGUCAAAUGCUUAGUCAUGGACGUGCAGGCGUUUGAGAGGUUAUUAGGCCCCUGCAUGGACAUCAUGAAACGAAACAUAGCCAAUUACGAGGAGCAGCUGAUCAUGCUCUUCGGGAGUCACAUCGCAAUACAGGAGCCGAAUGCAUGAAAUCAGUUAAUCAAUAAACGUCGCAAACUUCAAAUGCAACAUGAAACGAUGAGAAAAUGGUAAGUAUAGAGGCCCGUCAUCAUGGUCAAGAAACACUAACAUAGGUCAUAAACUUGAAGUUAUUGUUUUGCAUUCACAGAUGUGAAACUCUGGUGUGUGUUUUAGAUGUGAAAAGCCAGAUGUGAGCAUUUUCCUCCAGGGUACUCGAGGUUUAUGGGAGUUUCCUCAUAGUUAUUUGGUUUGGGGAUUUGAUAUCGAAACCGUUCUGGUUUUUUAUCUUGGUUUGUGUUUCUUUCACAUGCUGCAUCUUUUACAGUGACGUCCACACAAAGACUGCAUUAUCAUGCCAUAUACAGCACAGUGAUAUGUUCAUUUAUUCUUCUGAAGCUAUGUUUCUGGAUUUUAAAAUCUGCUGUUGAGCAUUUGUUACUGUUUUCAGUGUUAUGUGAGUCAUAUUUACUGUAAGAACAUUUCGACUAAAUAUGAAUUCAGCACCUGAGCUUCACGAAUCACGUCUGGAUGACACCUGUUAUAAAAAACGUGAAGGGUCACAUAUAACGAAUUAUGGACAACAUGCCAGAGUUUAAAGUCAACAUGUAAACUCAACAUAUACUUAGAGCACAUUGAUUUAAGAAAUAAAGUUUUUAAAUAAAUUAGCAAUGCCUCUAAACCAACAUUUGUUUUUAUAAAUUUAUUCUGGUAUGAAACCCCCAUUUUUUUUUACUGUCCAAUCAAUUCUGAUAAAUAAAAUCAGGUCCCAUCCA